GCUCAGUACAAAGCAAACAUGUUCCAGUACCUAUUAGCUGUGUGCCUUAUCAGUUCGGCCCUGGGAAAUGAAGCCCAAUCGGGCCGCAUCGUUGGUGGGCGACAAGCGGGUCGUGGUCAAUUUCCGUUCCAGGGGUCGCUGCGAAAUCUAAAAAAUUCCCACUUUUGCGGUGCAGCCAUCAUCGGCGACAGAUGGCUCCUGACAGCCGCCCACUGCACUAUUGGAAAUCUACCUUACCAGCUUCGGGUGGUAGUUGGGUCGGUUGAUCGCACGGCCGGCGGUGUAAGUUACAAUCUGGCGCAGAUCAUCGAACACCCGGACUUUAACGAGCUCACACUGGAUAACGAUCUAGCACUUCUGAAGACGGUUUACCCGAUUGAGAUGAGUUUUUUCGUUCAACCAGUCGUGCUGAGUGGUAAUGUGAUUCCGGCUGGAAUAAUUGCGACCGCUAGUGGAUGGGGACAAACCUUCGUGGGAUCUGGAUUGGCCACCAUGCUGCAGUUCAUGGAAGUGAGAACGUUGAACAAUUACGAAUGUAAACUGAGACAUGGCCUCCAGAACCGGGAAAAAGUUCACACUACCAGUUUGUGCACGUUCUCGCGCAGUGGCCAGGGAACUUGCAUGGGAGAUUCGGGAAGUCCUCUGGUCGCCAAUAGCGAACUGGUCGGAAUAGUAUCGUGGGGUGUUCCUUGCGCUGCUGGAAAACCCGAUGUGUACACUAGUGUGCCGGCCCACCGAGCAUGGAUCAAAUAUACUACGGGAAUUUAGGUUGUGAGUGGACGAGACAUGUUAUAUCAGAUCGAUUCAACGCUCCUCAAUUACAUACUAGAAGCACAUAGUUAAAACGCAACACACUUGUACUGUUGUUUUAUUAAACUUGAAUAAAAUCAAAAAUAGAUAUUUUUAA